GGGCGUGCAGCGAGAGGGGCGGUAGCUCUGGCUUAGCGGGAAAUGGAGGUUCGGAACAACCUGGGGGAGAGUUCUGCGAUGGUGGAGCACAUAACGCCCGCAGGACUGUUGGAGCUCUCUGCCUUUCCGCUUCGCUGUAUCUGGGUUGAGUUUUCCGUUCUCUUACUGGCUUUCCUAUGGGCAAUGUUACAACUGACUGACUUACAAAAUCAAUGAACUGCCUUUAUAGACGGCACGUAUCCAUAAAAAUGGUUUAUAAUGAGGUAGAGGAGGUGAUAUAUGUCCAUUUCAGAUCGUGAAAAGAAAUGAUUGGGAGGUAGGCCGUGUUUGUCAGUCAUCCUCUAAGGCUGUGAAGAAACUGAGAUUCCAGUCAAACUGUAACUUCUCUGGUGGAGAGCAGUACAGACACAGCAGUGUAUUGUGCUGUGUUGAGUAGGCUAACUUGCCUGUUUUGUUGCAAUAAAAUGGUAGGCUCCAGCAAAAUAUAUCCUGUGCAUUAACAAAAGGCUCCAAGCAAGCACAGUCAGAGGCAUGUGGGUUUUGUCAUACACUCCUCUUUCUAUUACAGAGUAAGGAAGAUAGCCAGGGAAGUCCUACUCAAUCUAAGGAAGAAAAUACUUCUUUAUUUCACUGUUCUUAUCUGAGAUGGCUACAUUUGAUGUUGAGUCUUUUCAAUUGAAUGUAUGUAUGGGAAAAUCCAAAAUGUAAACAGUGUUUAUUAAGAUACAGCAACAUACAUAGCAACAUAAUGGCUGUCUUUUGUUCAUGCUCUGGAUUUGAUAUAAAGGACUAGUGUUUUGGGUGCCCAUAACAGGGCAGAAAAUAUUUGUUUAAAAAUUCCUCUUGGUUCUGCUUAAAACAGACAGAGAUUGAUAAUAACCUUAUUUCUGCAACACCAGAAACUUGACCUUUUAAAUAUAAAAGCAGAGGAAAGCUUGGUUUUUUUCUCUUGUAUAUUGCCAAAUGUUAAUGAGAAAAGUAGAGUGAGACAGUGGAUGCUCUCAAGAACUUACAGUUAAGAAGCUGGGGAUCCAGCUGAAGAACUUGGGGUGGACUAAUUUGGAAUGUAACCAACAAUUAAAUUCACUGGGAAGCGUGACCUGGUUUUAAUAGAAAUGAAAAAUGACCUUCUUGCUAACUGCUCUGUGGAUCAUUCAUUCUGUAAAAUUCUUUCUUUGUGCAGUCCUAGGCUGAAGCUCAGCAGGUGCAAAGGUAAAGGUCUAAUGAUUUUUAUCAGCUAGAUUUUGCAUUGAGAGCAUCCAGCUGACAAGAGACAUGCAAGGUGAAGAGCUUUGGCGGGAGGCUGAGGAAAUGUUGGCGGAGUUGUAUCUCCCUAUUUCUUCUUCAAAAGGCUCCCUGCUUCCCAGUACUGAAGAGAGUUUUCUAAAUAAGCCAGAAUCUCCUCUUCGGCAGCAGUGAAGAAGAUGGGUGGCUUAGGGCUGCUGGCUAUGGACGUGCCAGAGGAGUACAAAGGAGCAGGCCUCGACUACCUGGCCUAUUCCAUAGCUGUGGAGGAGAUCAGCAGGGGCUGCGCAUCCACGGGCGUCAUUGUCAGCGUCAAUAACUCUUUGUAUUUAGGGCCAAUACUCAAGUUUGGCUCUGAAGAACAGAAGCACAAGUGGAUUGCUCCCUUCACCAGCGGGGAUAAAAUCGGAUGUUUUGCCCUUAGUGAACCAGGAAAUGGCAGUGACGCGGGUGCAGCAUCCACAGUGGCACGCCUUGAUGGUGAUGAGUGGGUUCUGAAUGGCACCAAGGCCUGGAUCACCAACGCCUGGGACGCCUCAGCCACCGUGGUAUUUGCUACUACAGAUAAAUCCCUGAAACACAAGGGCAUUAGCGCAUUUCUGGUUCCCAUGCCAACGCCUGGGCUGUCACUGGGGAAGAAAGAAGACAAACUGGGAAUCCGAGCCUCUUCCACUGCCAACCUGAUAUUUGAGGACUGUCGGAUACCCAAGGCCAACCUACUGGGACAGCUGGGUAUGGGCUUCAAAAUCGCCAUGCAAACUCUGGAUGCAGGAAGGAUUGGUAUUGCCUCACAGGCUCUUGGAAUAGCACAGGCAGCUCUGGACUGUGCUGUGGAUUAUGCUGAAAAGAGAAUGGCCUUUGGGUCGCCCAUCACAAAACUGCAGGCAGUGCAGUUCAAGCUAGCAGACAUGGCUGUUGCCUUGGAGGGUGCGCGUUUGCUGACCUGGAGAGCUGCUAUGCUGAAAGACAAUGGGAAGCCCUUCACAAAGGAAGCGGCGAUGGCCAAGCUGGCUGCAUCAGAAGCUGCAACAGCCAUUGCUCAUCAGGCCAUCCAGAUCUUGGGCGGCAUGGGCUAUGUGACAGAGAUGCCAGCAGAACGCCACUACCGUGAUGCUCGUAUCACCGAGAUCUACGAGGGGACCAGUGAGAUCCAAAGACUGGUGAUAGCAGGUCAAGUGCUGAAGGCGUACCGUAGCUGAAGCAGCUGACCAAAGCAAGACACUGCUCCAAAGUGCCUCGCAACAGUGCACAACAGUGAUCAAGUCUUGGCCCUCUUGAGCAAGGAUAAUGAUCAAAGUUCUCCUCAUCAAUAAGUAACUGACCCUCUUGUUACAGUGUGCUGAUUCUUCUUUGGACAAAGUGUGGUACAUGGAAGGCCACGUUUAGGUUUGUAAGCAACGGCUCUGAGUGCAAAAUGGAGGAAUCAACCUGUCUGCAUAGGGGAGCAUAAGUCUUUUCCAAAAACAGAGUAUUGUUUUUGUUUGGUAGCAGCAGAACGACAUCGGUGAAGUCAGCAGCUCUCACUGUGCACUUCCCUGGCAGUGCCUGUUUUGCAAGGACUUGUCACGAUGUGAUACUUGAUAACUAGUGCAAAAUUUAGUGACCCCUGUACCAGACUGCAGGUUACAUUGCCUCUUCUGAUCAGACUGUAAAUGAAGAGUUUUGGGUGUGGGAUGCAGCUGAGUGUGAGCUGAUAACUGGAUACAGGCUGUGUGCCUUAAUCUGCAGCUGUGCACUUUUCCCCACUGGUCAGCAGGAGAGGAGCCAGAUGGGGACACACAGGUACUCCCUACACACAGCCCGUGGUUGCUGUCUGUGUAGAUCUGAAAACAAAGGUCAGAACCCUGUUGUCCAGCAGCCUGCUCACUCAGCCACUUCCAGAUGUCAGUAUGAAAGUGAAGGACAGAAAAGCUGCAAUGUCUGAGACUGAUUUUUAAAAAAAAAAAUAAAAA